UAAGGCAUAACAGAAUUAGCUUAGGUGGUCUAUCUAUACUGUGGUUUUUUGCCAUGCCACUUUUUUCAACCUUAGACACGACUGACAUAUCUCUUCAGAGGAAUCUUGCUGUUGAUGAUGCGACAUCGGUACAUCACGGAAGCCAUGUACUUUUUCCCAUUUUGCUACCAGUGUUUCUUCCCCCAAAGAUCAAAUCAGUAAAUAUUGCUGGCAUAUCUGCACAUUCCGGACCCUUGUGGAAUAUUAAGUUUUUGAAUGGAACAAACGUGCUGUCACUAAAUUUCUCCUACAGUGGCUUCACGGAUUUCAACCAUACAAUUAGAGGUUUAGAAAAUCUGGAAAUUUUGGAUAUCAGUCACAAUGACAUGAGCUUAACCAAAGAAACGUUUUUUGAUACAUUUCCAAAUUUGAAACAAUUACGUUUAAGCUGCGUCCAAUUUGAUAAUGGUUUUAUAUCACGACAUGGUAAAGGACUGUUUGGUCAGUUAAAGAAAUUAGAAAACCUUGAUUUAUCUGACAAUGGCCUUGUGUUUUUACCAUAUGAUAUAUUCAGCUCUCUUGUUACAUUACAAGUUAUUAAUCUGGCUUUUAAUAAUUUGAUAACAAUACCAGAUUUAACAUCUCUUCGUAAACUGAACUUUAUAGAUCUGAGUCACAACUCAUUUACAACACUUGAAAAUAAAUACAGAAUGAUGUUGGAUAAAACAGCAGAAAUUAAUAAUGGGUUAAAUUUGUCACUUUGGGGAAACACUUUUUCUUGUAUUUGUGAGUCGACUGGAUUUUUAAUUUGGUUGCAAGAAACCAGUGUUAAGUUAGAUGGUGGUAAUUAUUCGUGCAUGGACGUUACCGGGCAGAUGAACUACACUAAAACAGUCCAAACCAAAUGGAAAGCGUUUCAGAGAUACUGUGUUUCAGAAUUGUGGUUAAAUGUCUCUAUGUGUGGAAUAAGUGUUGUUGUUGUUACUCUAAUAACAGCUUUUAUUUUCAUAAAAAAUAAGAUGAAACUAAAAUUGAUACUUUUAAGGAUGAUCGGACAAAAUAUUUAUCCCAAGAAACGGAAUGAAUUUUUGUAUGACGCCUAUAUAAUCUACACUGAUUCUAUUUAUAGUUGGGUUUGUAAUGAACUAAGAAGGUCACAAUAAUUAUUGUAUAAUCCUGCGCAUAGAGGGGGGGGGACAUUUUUUCAGGAUCUACCAGAAGACUUGGCAGCGGUGCCGGAUUUACCUAUAGGCUGGGCAGAGCAUGAGCCUCACGAUCUAUGGUCGUAUGGGGUCGACACGCACUGAUACAUCAUACAUCAUACAGUAGUUUUAAACAUCUUCCAUUAUCCUUGGAUUUGCUCAAAUUGUGUUUAAAACACAUUUUCA